CUCCCUCUUUCUUCUUCCUAAUUAACUCUAGGGUUAAUAUUAGAUCAUCCCCAUUUCAUCGACCGAUCUCUCCGGCCGUAAUCCGAGUACUCCAGCUCUCAUCUUACAGGGAUUCCCUCCGCUCCAACCCCACCAUUUCUAUUCCCUGCCCCAUCUCCCUUUUACACCCGUAUCUUCUUCUCUCCUCUCGGUACGUAGGAUGUUCUGCUCCGCAUUCGAAUUUUUUGGAUUGGUGCUUUGGUUUCCGUGCUCUGAAGAAUGUCGGUGUAUUGCGUUUGGUGAGUUGGGUUGGUCGCGGACGCGGUUCCGAUUGGAUUAGCUGUCGUCUCUGGAUUUUUUGGGUUGCGGCUUCUUCUUAAAGGCUGGUCCUUUACGUUCCAAUUGUACCUUUUGAGAUCUUGGUUCCUUGUGGUUGGUGAACAGUGAUCCUGGUUUUGACGUUGUAGUGAUAUCUAGCGGAUACUGAUGGAUUCAGCCAGGACUUGGUUUCAGAAAUUACAGACUAAAGAGAAGAUUGCAUCUAAGAAGAAUGAAUUGGGAUUACACGGAAUGGAUGGUACUGAAGAAACACCUUCUGAUGCGACAAAGCAAAGGGUGGCAGCUGCUAAGCAAUACAUAGAAAAUCACUAUAAAGAGCAAAUGAAAAAUUUGCAAGAACGCAGGGAACGGCGUCAUAAUCUGGAGAGGAAACUAGCUGAUGCUGAUGUUUCUGAAGAAGAUCAACACAAUAUUCUUAAGUAUUUGGAGAAGAAAGAGACAGAAUACAUGCGCCUUCAAAGGCAUAGAAUGGGAGUUGAUGAUUUUGAAUUACUUACGAUGAUAGGAAAAGGCGCUUUUGGGGAGGUCAGGGUCUGUAGGGAGAAAGAAACUGGUAAUGUAUAUGCAAUGAAGAAGCUUAAAAAAUCAGAGAUGCUACGUCGAGGACAGGUUGAGCAUGUUAAAGCUGAAAGGAAUCUUCUUGCAGAGGUUGACAGCAAUUGCAUAGUGAAGCUAUACUGUUCCUUUCAAGACAAUGAAUACCUAUAUCUUAUCAUGGAAUACCUACCUGGUGGCGACGUGAUGACAUUGCUUAUGCGAAAGGAUACACUGAAUGAGGAUGAGGCCAGAUUCUAUAUUGGUGAAGCAGUUUUGGCUAUUGAAUCCAUCCACAAACACAAUUAUAUUCACAGGGAUAUAAAGCCUGAUAAUUUGUUACUCGACAAAUUUGGUCACCUGAAGCUUUCAGAUUUUGGAUUAUGUAAGCCACUGGAUUGCAGUAAUUUUCCAAAUUUGCAAGAAAAGGAUAUUACUAGUGGAAGGAACUCUGGCGGGUCUUCCCACUCUGAUGAACGUUCAUCUGCACCAAAGAGGACACAACAGGAACAACUAGAGCACUGGCAAAGGAAUAGAAGGACAUUGGCAUACUCUACUGUUGGUACACCUGACUAUAUUGCUCCAGAAGUUCUACUGAAGAAAGGUUAUGGCAUGGAAUGCGACUGGUGGUCGCUUGGAGCCAUCAUGUUUGAAAUGCUUGUAGGUUAUCCUCCAUUUUAUUCUGACGAACCUAUGGCAACAUGCAGGAAGAUAGUUAAUUGGCGAACACACCUGAAGUUUCCUGAUGAAGCAAAACUAUCUGCUGAUGCAAAAGAUCUAAUCAGUAAACUCUUGUGCAAUGUUGAACAACGGCUUGGCACAAAAGGUGCUGAUGAAAUAAAGGUGCACCCUUGGUUUAUGGGCACUGAAUGGGACAAACUUUAUCAAAUGGAGGCUGCAUUUAUACCAGAGGUGAAGGAUGAGUUGGAUACCCAAAACUUUGAGAAGUUUGAAGAGUCUGGUGAGCAAAUUCAGAAUUCAUCUAAGUCAGGCCCUUGGAGAAAGAUGCUUUCAUCCAAGGAUUUGAAUUUCAUGGGCUACACAUAUAAGAACUUUGAAAUAGUUAAUGAUCAUGUAGUGCCUGGGAUAGCUGAGUUGAAGAAGAAGGAUAAACUGAAGAGGCCAAGUAUCAAAUCACUCUUUGAAUCCUCAGAGACAGAAGACCAGUCUGAUGAAGCUAUUCAAGGGACCUUCGUAAACUCCUGCCAAUUAGAAGUCUCAAAAAGCCAGGGCUCAUCUUCUCCAUGAACGCCAUUGAUUAAUAUCAGCAAUUACGGAGGCUCAUCUUUUCGACAAAUCACAUUGGUCACCAAAGGGUGUUGGUCCAAAUAGUUCUCUGGUGCAGCAUCUAAUCAAUCAGGCAAAAUUGCAAGCAAGCAGCAAGACCCGAGGGCAGAAGCAGCAAUACUUGGAAGUGACAGUGGGAAUCCUACUGCUCCAACGAGAGAGUUCCUUUUUCUUGUAAAGAUUUGCUUUCAUUUAUCUAUCAUUCGGUUCGGCUGUUUCUUUUUGUAUUUUAUGAUGAUUUUGUAUUGUAUGUGUGAAAAAUUGUACAGAGCUUCUUGUUGAGUUUUGGGGGAGCUGCUCACUAGUGAUUUUGGAUGUUCCCUUUGGGUUAGAAGUAUGAUGUGAGGAUUGAUUGAGAUUGACAUAUGAAUUUUGUUUGAUCCUUCGGGGA